AUGCUCGAAGCAGUAGCUCUGGUUGAUCGGAUGGUAGAAAAAGGUCAUCAGCCAGACAUUGUUACUUACGGAACCAUUGUGAAUGGAAUGUGUAAGGUUGGUGACACUGUCUCGGCCUUGAAUCUGCUUAGUAAGGUGGAGAAAAGCCCCAUCGAAGCCAAUGUUGUAAUCUAUAAUCACAUCAUUGAUCGUCUUUGCAAAGAUGGACGUCAUAACGAUGCUCAAAAUCUUCUCGAUCAAAUGUACGAGAAAGGAAUUUUCCCCAAUGUAUUUACCUACAACCGUAUGAUAGAUGGUUUUUGCAACUAUGGUAAUUGGAGUGAUGCGGAGAGACUGCUGCGUGAAAUGAUUCAAAGGAAUAUCGAGCCUAAUGUUGUUACUUACAAUGCAUUGAUCAAUGCAUUAGUCAAAGAAGGGAAGUUGUUUGAGGCUGAAGAAUUAUCCGAUGAGAUGCUCCUUAGGGGUAUAUCUCCCAAUACGAUCACAUAUAACUCAAUGAUCAAUGGAUUUUGCAAGCAUGAUCGUCUAGAUGAUGUGAGUCUCAUGUUUGAUAUGAUGCUUAGCAAGGGCUGCUCUCCAAACGUAGUGACUUUAAAUUCACUCAUAGACGGAUGUUGUAGGGCUAAGAGGGUAGAUGAUGGAAUGGAGCUUCUCCAUGAGAUGUCUAGAAGAGGAUUAGUUGCUAAUACAGUGACUUACAACACUCUUAUUCACGGGUUCUGUCAGGUGGGCGAUCUUCAUGCUGCUCAAGACCUCUUCGAUGAGAUGAUUUCUCACAGUGUGAGCCUUGAUAUCGUAACUCUUAACAUUUUGCUGGAAGGUCUCUGCAAUCAUGGGAAAGUAGAAAAGGCAUUGGAAAUGUUCAAGGUUAUGCAGAAGAGUAAGAUGGAUCUUGUUACUGCUGUUUAUAACAUCAUCAUCCAUGGAAUGUGCAAGGGUAACAAGGUGGACGAGGCAUGGGACUUAUUCACUAGUCUUCCCAUUGAUGGUGUGGAGCCUGAUGUUCAAACUCACAAUAUAUUGAUCAGCGGAUUUGUCAAAGAAGGGAAGUUUUUAAAGGCUGAAGAAUUAUACGAGGAGAUGCUCCGGAAAGAUAUAGUCCCUAAUACUAUCACCUAUAACUCGAUGGUAGAGGGGCUUUGCAAGCAGAACCGUCUAGAUGAGGCGAAACAGAUGAUUGAUUCGAUGGCCAGCGAGGGCUGCUCUCCAGACGUGGUGACAUUUAAUACACUCAUUAAUGGCUACUGCAAAGCAGGAAGGGUUAACGACGGGAUGGAGCUUUUCCGAGAGAUGCAUCUAAGAGGAAUAAUUGCUGAUACAGUUAUUACA